CAACGUUGCAGUGCCAUGUACAAAAAUGCGUUAAAAGGAGGUAUACGUACAGCAAAGCAGGCCUGGAAAUUCAGAAACGUUUCAGCCUGCAACCAAGCAAAUCUGUUCCCGCUGCACGCCUCCCCCGCCUCCAAGCAACAGUUACUAAACAAACCGACAGCACUGUGGAAACUGGCUCGCCAGAGCUUUCGGUGCUGCGCUUGUGCUUUUACUAACGCCCCAACGUUGCGCCUCCGUUACCGCCUACGCCCGUGCCUUUGCCUUAGCUGCGUUGAUAAGCAUUCUGCCCAUCUACGUGCAGAGACUUGCCACCUCAAUACUCUGGUAUCGUCGAAGCAGUUUGUGAAGGUGCAAAAACAGUUUUAUCGCGACUAUUCGGACAUAUCGCUGGGCGCGCCACUCAAGACCAGCGACGCCCCACUGCUGGGCGAUCUGUGCAGUCGUUAUCGCGACAUACUUGCCCAUACAUCGGCGGACUUGGUUGGAGCUGAGCCUGUUCUAGGCAAAGGACCACAAUUAAGCCAUAAUCGUCGCAUACACAGCUGCUGCAGUCAUCUUUGUCAGGCGGAGCAGUCGAACGGCCACAACAAUAUGGCACAAUCGGUGGUCACAGAAUUUGAGCGGCUGCCCACAAAUGUGGUGCCCAAGCACUAUGAGCUAAUCCUGCAGCCUGAUCUGGAGGCGUUCAGUUUUACGGGCAAGACAAUUGUGCAAAUCAGUGUCAUAGAGCCAACGCGACGCAUCACCCUCAAUGCGCUGGACAUAACCAUCGAGGGGGCGGAGUUUCAGUAUGAAUGCGAGAAACUGAAAGCGGAUCGCAUCACCUACUCCAAGGAGAAUGAAACGGCCGUACUGGAAUUCGGGGAGCUGUUGCCGGCGGGCACGGCUGGUGUGCUCUACAUGUCCUUCACGGGCGAGCUGAAUGACAAAAUGAAGGGCUUCUAUCGGAGCAAAUAUUUCACGGCCAACGGCGAGGAGCGCUAUGCGGGCGUCACCCAGUUCGAGGCGACAGAUGCGCGACGCUGCUUUCCCUGCUGGGAUGAGCCGGCAAUUAAGGCCACCUUUGACAUAACGCUGGUGGUGCCCAAGGAUCGGGUGGCGCUGUCCAAUAUGCCCGUGAAAAAGGAGGACAUCCUGCCCAGCGGAUUGCGUCGUGUGCGCUUCGAUCGCACGCCCAUCAUGUCCACCUAUCUGGUGGCCGUCGUUGUUGGUGAAUACGAUUUUGUGGAGGCCAAGUCGGACGAUGGCGUCAUUGUGCGCGUCUUUACGCCCGUCGGCAAGAAGGAUCAGGGCCAGUUCGCCCUGGAGGUGGCCACCAAGGUGCUGCCCUACUAUAAGAGCUAUUUCAAUAUUGCCUAUCCGCUGCCCAAGAUGGAUCUGAUUGCCAUAUCCGAUUUCUCAGCGGGCGCCAUGGAGAACUGGGGUCUGGUCACCUAUCGCGAAACCUUCGUCCUGGUCGAUCCCAAGAACACCUCGCUCAUGCGCAAGCAGUCGAUCGCCCUCACCGUGGGCCACGAGAUUGCCCACCAAUGGUUCGGCAAUCUGGUGACCAUGGAAUGGUGGACGCAUCUGUGGCUCAACGAGGGCUACGCCUCGUUUGUGGAGUUCCUGUGCGUGCAUCAUCUGUUCCCCGAGUACGAUAUCUGGACACAGUUUGUGACGGACAUGUAUACCCGUGCCCUGGAGCUGGAUUCGUUGAAGAACUCGCAUCCCAUCGAGGUGCCCGUCGGCCAUCCAUCGGAAAUUGACGAGAUCUUCGAUGAGAUUAGCUACAACAAGGGCGCCUCGGUCAUACGCAUGCUCCACGAUUAUAUUGGCGAGGAUGAUUUCCGCAAGGGCAUGAAUCUCUAUUUGACGCGGCAUCAGUAUAGCAAUACCUGCACCGAGGAUUUGUGGGAGGCACUGCAGGAGGCCAGCUCCAAGAAUGUUGGCGCUGUCAUGUCCAGCUGGACCAAGUACAAAGGCUUUCCCGUCGUCAGCGUCGAGUCCGAGCAGAAGAGCGAGACGCAGCGUCUGCUGCGGCUAACCCAAAGGAAAUUCACCGCCGACGGCUCGAAGGCGGACGAGGAUUGCCUGUGGGUGGUGCCCAUAUCGGUGUCCACAUCACGCAAUCCCAAUCAGAUAGCCAAGACUUUCCUGCUGGAAAAGGCCUCCAUGGAGGUGGUGCUGGACAAUGUCUCCGAGGACGAUUGGAUCAAAAUCAAUCCCGGCACCGUUGGCUACUAUCGCACACGCUACUCCGAGGAGAUGCUGGACCAGCUGCUGCCGGCCGUGCAGAACAUGGAGCUGCCGCCGCUGGACAGGCUGGGCUUGAUCGAUGACAUGUUUGCCAUGGUGCAGGCUGGGCAAGCCAGCACCGUUGAUGUGCUCCAACUGGUCGGCUCCUAUCGCAACGAGACCAACUACACUGUGUGGACGGCCAUCACGAAUUCGCUUGCCAACCUCCAUAUCCUGAUCUCCCACACAGAUCUCAUGGAGGACUUCAACAACUUUGGACGCAGCCUGUACGAGCCGGUGGCCAAGCGUCUCGGCUGGGAGCCACGCGACAAUGAGAAUCAUUUGGAUACGCUGCUGCGCAGCCUGGUGCUGACACGUCUCGUCUCCUUCCGCAGUCCCGAAAUCACGGAGGAGGCACGCAAGCGAUUCCGCAGCCAUGUCAAUGGCACCAAGGCGCUGCCCGCCGAUUUGCGCAGCACCUGCUACAAGGCCGUGCUGCAGGAUGGCGAUGAGGAGAUCUUUGAGGAAAUGCUCAUGCUGUACCGUUCGACCGAUCUGCACGAGGAACAGGAUCGCAUCAGCCGAGCACUCGGCUGCAUUGGCGACGUGAAGCUCCUCCGUCGCGUCAUUGACUUUGCCAUGUCGGGUGAGGUGCGCGCCCAGGACUCGGUGUUCGUCAUUGUGGCCGUGGCGGUUAAUCCCAAGGGUCGCGACAUGGCCUGGGAGUUCUUCAAGGAGAACAACAAGCAGCUGCUGGAACAGUAUCAGGGCGGCUUUCUGCUGACGCGUCUCAUUAAAUAUUUGAUUGAGAAUUUCGCCUCCGAGGAGAAGGCGCGCGAAGUCGAGGAGUUCUUCAAGGCCAACCUGAUACCCGGCUGUGAUCGCACCGUCUCCCAGGCCGUCGAGACAAUACGCCUGAAUGCCGCUUGGCUGCAGCGCGAUCGCGAGAAGCUGACCGAGUUUCUCACUGACGUGUAGGCGUGGCCCGGCAUGACGACGCAUACCAAAGCAUUUAGCAACAACUACAACUAUAACAAGAACACGACCAAAGCUGUCACAAAAACCCAACCCCCGCCCGCCCCUUCCCCUUUCCCCGCCCCUAAGUGAGCCAAAUAGGUUAGCAUUAUUAAGCAGCAACAACAACUGACUCCUCGGCAUCCUCUCACGGCCCCGCAACCGGAGAGCCUAGCGGCAUUUAAAACCGAGUUCAAAGAAAAAAAAAAACAAAAAUGUGCACUUCUAUUAUACAAAAGUUAUGUUGAGUUUACGACGAUAAAUAAAUAAAUGCAAUUCAAAUAA